GACAUCUGCGUGUCUGCCGUGAAAGAAAAGGACAUUGAAGCAAAACUCAAGCAAGUAAUGGCCGACUGGACAAACAGAACACUGACCUUCAUGAACUUCAAGAAUCGUGGGGAGCUGCUGCUGAAACCUGGAGACACUGUAGAAACAAUUGGCUUGCUUGAGGACUCAUUGAUGAUACUCAGUUCUUUGAUGAGCAAUCGAUAUAAUGCUCCUUACAAGGCUAAGAUUCAGAUGUGGGUGCACAAUCUGAGUACUACAGCUGACAUACUGGAGCAGUGGAUGGUGGUGCAGAACCUCUGGGUCUACCUGGAAGCUGUGUUUGUUGGUGGUGAUAUUGCUAAACAGUUGCCACAAGAAUCGAAACGCUUUGCUGCGAUUGAUAAAUCCUGGUUGAAGGUGAUGCAGAGAGCGCAUGAAAAUGACAAUGUGAUCAAUUGUUGCGCUGGAGAUGAUACCAUGCAGCAGAUCCUACCACAUCUACAAGAGCAGCUGGAUCUAUGCCAAAAGUCUCUUACUGGGUAUCUGGAGAAAAAGAGGCUUCUCUUCCCGAGAUUCUUCUUUGUAUCGGACCCAUCUCUUCUAGAAAUUCUAGGUCAGGCCAGUGACUGCCACACAAUUCAG